AUGCACUAUCAGGUCUAUGAUGUUGAAGCGUUGCUGGAGACCAAGGGAGCGAACCUCAUCACCGUAGACGUGGCUCCAGGAUGGUUGGCUAGCGUCCUCGCCUGGGUUGAUGGUCGGCGUUGCAUGUUUGGCGACGAGCUAGGAUUGCUCGCUCAACUAUAUGUUUCCUUCAAGGACGGCGACGCCGAAAUGUUUGUGGUCGGGACCGAUUGCCAGUGGCAGUGUCAGUGCAGCCGCAUCACCAGCAGUGAGAUUUACAACGGUGAGGUGUAUGACAUGACUUUUGAAAGUGCUCCAGUCACUCGUGGUGAAGCGCAGUCGACAAGCUCGAGGACAAAUCCACAGGCUGUGAAAGUUGUCAGUUUCGACUUCGCAAAGCUGGUGUCGCCUAACGCGCCUACCGUCAGAGAUACGGAGGCCGUUCGCCCCGUCAGCAUCUUUGAGUCUGCUUCUGGCAAGACGAUCAUCGACUUCGGCCAGAACUUGGUCGGGUGGCUUCAGAUUUUUGAGCUCCGGAAACCCGCCGGACAUGUCGUGCAAUUUCGACACGCUGAAGUCAUGGAGAAUGGCGAACUAGGCACUGUCCUCAACGGAAUGAAAAGCUCGGCUGGACUGGAGACAUCCAAGUCUUUGCCCCGUCUGCAAACUUCCUGUACAACGCGACUGGCAUGCUGGGGAACUGGCUCGACGAUCUUGCUUGCCGAGCAGAUGGAACCCUGGCGAGAGCGCGUGCCGCCCUUCGUGGUUCCGGAUGUCAUCACGAAAGCUCAUCCAGAUGACGAUGAUUUUUGGCCACACAUACCCAAUGCUGUAUGGGACGACGCGGCGGUGCUCGUACCAUGGUCUUUAUACCUUGCUUCCGGGGACAAGGAGGUGCUUGAGAAGCAGUACGAAAGCAUGACCAGCUGGAUUGACAGGGGGCUCCCGCGAGGAACCAAUGGAUUGUGGGACGCGAAUAUAUAUCAGCUCGGAGACGGGCUGGAUCCCAUGGCGCCGCCCGCUGAACCUGGUAAUGGAAGGACCGCCGGGGCGUUCGUCGCCGAUACGUACCUUGUUCGUGUCACGGACGUGAUGACCCAGGCGUGUGCAGUUUUGGGUCGAGACGACGAUGCCAACCGGUACCGCAGCGAUUGCCAACGACUGAAGCAGGCAUUCCACGACAAGUACGCCGCCAAGUCAGGGCUUCUCGUCGCCGAUACCCAAACAGCCCUCUCGCUCGCCGUUGUAUUCAACCUCCUCGACAGCCCUGACCAGCUCGCCGUCGUUGGGGACACCCUCGCGCGUGCCGUCCGCCUGCAACAAUUCAGCGUCUCCACAGGCUUCGCUGGCACACCUAUAAUCACGCACGCACUGACAUCCACUGGCCACCCCGAGCUCGCCUACCGCAUGGUGCUGGUGAAAAACUGUCCCUCCUGGAUGUACCCGAUUAGCAUGGGCGUGACCACGAUCUGGGAGCGAUGGGAUAGCAUGCUCCCUGACGGGAGCAUCAAACCUGGCGAAAUGACCAGUUUCAACCACUACGCGCUAGGGUCGGUGAUGAAUUCGCUGCAUGAGUGUGUUGGCGGCAUCAGCCGCUUGAACCCGGAUGGAAGAGAGUCAAAGUCCAGCCUGUGCCGGGUGGGGGCUUGA